CCUUUACUACUUCUUUAUGCCCUUCCAGAUGGAACUCCAGUAAACACAGACAACGCCCCAAAGCAAAUUACACCUCUUUUCACUGAUAAAGUUAAUAAGAAACCUCCUCAAUCUGUAUUAAGAAGGUCUGUCACACCUAGUCCAGAGAAACCAAUCAUUGGAUCUACAAGACGUGCCAUAACACCUAAUCCUGAUGGAACAUCUGCAAACCAAAAACCACCAUUGCCACGGCCAUAUAGCGAAUAUCAGAAUCUUUCAAUAAUACAAAAUAACAUCUACCAGUCACAAGAAGUAGACGUCGUUGAUGGAAAUACCAACAGGAAAGACCCAGAAUAUGCGAUGAGAAAAACGUUAGAUUUUAACAAACCACAAACUGGUAUACAUCGAACUUUAAGUAACGGUUCUUCCUCUGGCUUGGAAGGAAUGUCUAUACCAGAUCAUAUGAAUGUGCCAAGGAGAAGGGAUAGUGGUAACUGGAGUGGAGACAGAAACAGUGCCUCUUCUGCUUCAUCCACUACAAUGGAAAAUCCAUAUUUGUAUCUUGUGGGAAAGGUACCAAAUGGCGGAGGAAGUGUUCCUGGCAGUCCCACUAGAAUCAAAAGUGAUUCUUCAAGUGGGAGUAGCGGAGUUUAUGAUGCUGGAUAUGAUUCAUAUUCGUUGUCUUCUAAUGACAGUUCGACUGUGACAACCUUACAGCACCUCAUGAAAAUGGGUCAUCUAGCUAAAAUACCAGAAGAUUACAACAACCCUUCAACCAACCAAAAUAUGCCAAGUUGUGACGUACUCUGCGAUGAAGCUGAUGAAUUGUUGGUCAAAUCAAGGCAGUUGGAAGAUGAACAUGAUUUAGUUCUGGCAUUAGCAUUAUGUAAUGCAGCAGCCACAAAAGCCCGAGCAGCAAUGAAUGCUCCUUAUAAUAACCCCCAAACAUUAACUUUGGCACGAAUGAAGCACAAUACUUGUAUAAUGAGAGCAAGAAGUUUACAUCGUAGAAUGACGCAGGUGCAGAUUUCGAACAAGGAGAACCCCCCAGAAAUAAGACAUACCCGAGAAGGUAGCAGCGGCAGUGGUAGACACUCAAGGCAAAAUUCUAGAGACAAGGGUAAUCACUCCAGACAAAACAGUAGGGAGCUAUUAGUUCCUGAAAAAGAGAAACUUCAGCCAACGAAAAAUAUCGAAAUAUAUGCAACCUUGCCCAAGAAAAAAGAUGGAUUGAAGAAUAAGUUAUCAAUAAAUUCUACCGAAGAUGAAGAAUACAUGCUUUAUGACAAACCCGCCAACAGGGAGUCAAGAUCCAUAUUCUCCAGAUCCAAAAAUAAAGACCAGAAAAACAGGGAAAAAAGAUCGAGGAGUGAGGAUAGAAAUAAACUCUCUAAAGAUUUUUCUGUAGCUCCAGAAAUUACAACUGGUAAAGACACUUUGAAAAAAGCUAAGGAAGAGAAGGAUGAUAAGAAAGACAAGGAAGGAAAAUCUAAAAAACAACACAAAAUUAGGAGGAAACUAUUGAUGGGCGGUUUGAUAAAACGUAAAAAUCGCAGCAUGCCUGAUUUAACGGAUGCAGUCAAUGAAAGUCCAGCACAACCGGCUGUUACUACAGUUGAUGACAGCAAUUUGGGGCUGAAAGGUACCAUGGAAAAUCAAGCCAGUUUGUGUGGUUAUUUAUCAGAGGGUCACUUGGAGUUUGCUGGAAAUAACCCCAACCCAAAUCUGGAGCGAAGCAAAUUGAUGCGGAAAAGUUUCCAUGGUAGUGCAGGAAAAAUUUUGACGGUUGCCAAAGUGCCUCCCCCACCACCCCUCAGAACUACUUCCCAGCUUAGUACGUCUAAGUUAAACAGUGGAGAAGUUUGUAAUGAGAGCGAAAGACUGAAUUUCACGCAGCCAAGUGGUAUCUACUAUCAGGAUGAGUGUCACUACAUGAAUCAAUCUCCAGUUUCUUUGCCAUAUUACAACAAUUCAUUCAGCGAUGAAAGUUUCUACAGUAAUGGACCAAAUAUGGUUGUAACUAGGGCUGAUGUUCAUCGGGAGCAAAGCUCUGACGUUUCACCAUCUCAUAAUGCUGAUAGCGGAGUCGAUGAGGUAGACUGCUUUCCAACUCAUAGUUUGAAUCAAAAUCUUGAACUGCCCCCGUACCCGAGUCCAAUGGGAUCAGUGGUUCAUUCAAGACAAGCUAGCGAGGAUUUCCCACCACCACCUCCACCAUUAGACUUAUCUGCAUUGGACGAAUACCUUCCUCAGUUGACACAACCGACUACUCUGUUGACCCAGUUACAAAACAAGAGACAGGAAAUACUUUCACAAGAAAACGAUUUGCAGAAAUUAAGUGGAGUCUCAAUCAAGUCAACAGGCGAUACUUGGCUGAAAGAAUUACAAGCGAAGCAGGCCGUACUUAGAAGUAAAAAGAAUCAGAUUGACGGUUCUAAUGAUGGAAUAGAUGUGGUAAAUACUCAACGGUAUCUUUCUGGCGAAAGUAACGUGAAAUCUGUCAGAGACUUGGCAUCAAAAUUUGAAACAACUGAUCCGAGACUCACAGUGCCUAAUUACAAACCAUUAGAUCCUGUCAAAAGUGAUAGUAACGGUGUUCUUUCGAUGAAAAAACGAGAGGAACCGGAUCCUAUCGCCCCUGAACAAAUAGCCGAGGAACUCAGAGAAGUCGAAAUGCUCAAUGCAGCAGUACAAAAAACCCUGAGUAGCAACCAAGAGGCCAGCGAUGACGCUAAAAAACGGUUGAACAAGAAGAAAAGUGUUUCAUUUUGCGAUCAAGUCAUUCUCGUAGCAACAGCUGAUGAACAAGAAGAUGACAGUUUCAUCCCUAAUCCUAUUUUGGAGAGAGUACUCAGAACUGCCAUGAAUAAACCAGAGACUGCAGCUAUCAGACAAGAAAUUAUGACACUGAGGGAAAAUGAAGGGAAAGAGGAAAAGGCAGUGUUUGUCCCUAACGCCAAUGAAAUCUAUGAUAAACAGUUAUACGUGAGGAGGAAUUCUGCUGAUAAUUUGUUGAGCAAACAAAAUGAACAACCAGUUCAAAGACAGAGUCCUACUUGUAACCAGCCAAUUUACAGUGGGCAAAAUAGUUACUACGCCAACCAAAAUAUUCAUUACAGCGGACAAGUGAAUACAAACUUAUAUAAUAGUCACCCAUCAAACGGUACACAUAAUUCACCCGUCAUGCAGGGCCACGCUCAACUGUUGAGACAAAAUUCACAAAGUGAUUCAACAGUAAUGCAAGGGCAAGUAUUCAGACAAAGUGCACAGAGUGAUGCCCAUGGCAGACAAAUUUACCCAAACGAGCAAUAUAAUAGUCAGCUUCCACCAUAUACCUGCCAAAACAAUUUAUACGACGCACAAUGCACUAGCGACUGCUCCCUCAUUCAAAAUCAAGUUCAUGCUACAGGAAGCAGACAAUCACCUUAUCAACCUCUUCCUCAAAAUUCCCCAGCUUAUUCAGCAUAUUUCAACAGAGCUCAGAACAAUCAAUAUGUAUCAACACCCAGAUCAGGUUUCAGUCCUCAUAUCAGAUCUUCUACACCAAGUCCCAUGAAUGGCUACCCCUCUUAUCACACCCCUUCCCCUGUUCCUUCUAACUGCAACUAUCAGCAGAAUGUCUAUCGAGGUUAUGGUGCCUAUGACCCUCCUAUUCCGAAUACACCCUACCAAAGAAUACCGCACCCAGAUCAGAACAGACAACUUGGUGAGAACGGUUUCAACCAAACUUAUGCAAGACACCAAACUGAUCAGUUAGCGCAGGGUUCUCCCUAUCAACGAGUGCCUGUUUCUUCUGAACAAGUUUUAGCUUAUCAAAGAACACCUACCAACGAAUAUGACAUGCAGGCAAGUUUGGCUCAUCAACGGGUACCUUAUCCCACAGACGUUUAUCAAAGGAUACCCCAACCUCAUAUCGAGCAAGAUGUUGCAGGGCAGCAGGAAAAAUAUUCACCUUACCAGCAUAUCCCGGCAAUGAAACAAAUCUUGAAGAAAACUGUUAGUUUUGAACCAGGAACGAAAGGUGGGAGUGAGUCUCCAGUUCCAAGGGCAGUUGUUACCCCCAUUAUAGUUAACAAUGCGAACAAUAGUGUACCUACAGAUAAAACAAAGUGCAAUUUGUGUCGAAAGAAGAAUGUCGUGGCCUUAAAUUUGUAUUGUCAAGACUGCGAAUUCUAUAUGUCUAGAUUUAAGCCUCGAAGUUAACAAUUUUAUUAGCUGUACAUAUGUAAAUGUUGUUAUGUAAAAUGUGAUAUUUUGUUCAAAUUUUUAUAACAAAUUUUAUAUUUUUUAUAUGGAGAUCUCUUGUAGCAUUUUUAAGACGUUUAUAGUUCGUGAAUGUAAAUA